AUGUGGGGGGCUCCUGCAGAACCUGCGGAUUCUUAUUAUGAGGUCCGGCCUGAAUGCACCGAUGUGCCUGGAACCAAAUUCAAGAUCAGGCCUGGUAAAACUCUAAGUGUAAGGAAAUGGAAAGCUGCAUUUUCUCCGGACGGGCAGCUGGAUAUCGGCCAAACACUAGGUCGAAUCCACCGUGGGGGGAUCCAUCCAACAAUUAGAGGAGAAGUCUGGGAGUUCCUACUAGGCUGUUUCGAUCCGAGGAGUACAUACGAAGAAAGGGAGCAGCUCCGGGAGGAACGAAGGGAGCAAUAUGAAAAAUGGAAGAUUGUAUGUCACGAAAUCUUUCCGGUUGUCGGAAGUGGUGAAUUUAUUACCGCGCCUGUAAUAACCGAAGAUGGUCAGCCGAUUGAAGAACCUCUAGUGCUUCAAGAGGCACAUAAUGCAGCUGAAGCAGCAACUCCUAAUAGUACAGAAAUUGUGAAUGAUCUAAUCAGUAAUGGUCCUUUGGAUAAGAGAAUAAUCAACUGGCUGCUCUUAUUACAUCAAAUAGGUCUUGACGUUAAACGAACCGACCGGAGUUUAAUAUUCUAUGAAAAGCAAGAGAAUUUAGCGAAACUUUGGGAUAUUCUCGUUGUUUAUGCCUGGAUCGAUACAGAUGUUGGAUAUUGUCAAGGGAUGAGUGAUAUAUGCUCCCCCAUGAUAAUUCUUCUAAAAAACGAAGCCGAUGCAUUUUGGUGCUUCGAACGUCUGAUGCGCAGAUUGAGGGGGAACUUCAAAUGCACUGAAAGCUCUGUUGGGGUAGAGUCACAGCUUAGUCAUUUGGCUAUGGUAACUCAAGUAAUCGAUCCGAAACUUCAUCAGCACUUAGAGACACUGGGUGGGGGUGACUAUCUGUUUGCUGUUCGAAUGCUGAUGGUUUUGUUUCGUCGAGAGUUCUCAUUUUGUGAUUCGCUGUAUCUGUGGGGAGAAUACGAUCCGGAUUUGUUCUACCUAUAUGAAGAACCAACAUUAAGUAUGGAGGAAGCUAAAAUGAGAUCAAGAUCGAUGCGUCAUUACGGGAAGUUCGAGAGAGAAAACAUGAAAAUAAAAAGCGAGGAAGCUCCCCUCCCGAUUUCUGUUUUCCUUGUUGCAAGUGUCUUGAAAGAUAAGAGCACCAAGCUACUCCACGAAGCUCGGGGCCUCGACGAUGUUGUUAAGAUUUUGAAUGACAUAACCGGAAGCUUGGAUGCCAAGAAAGCUUGUAACGAGGCAAUCAAACUCCAUAAAAUAUCUGAAAAAAGUAAACGGCUAAGACGACGUAGCCCGCGAGGUAAAUUCGACGGCGAUGUUUGCUUCCCGGUCAAGAAACAACCCUCUAAAUCAUCAUGCACCGUGGUCAGUGUUUCAUCUGGACUCCGGAGGUUGCCAGAGGAUGUAGCUGCUAAUUGGAAUGAAAGCCAGCUCUGUAAUAGCAUCAGCCGUCCUAUUCCUCUUCUUGAAAAACAUGGGUGA